AUGCUGCGGCGGAGAGCGCGGCGCCGCCUCCCGGCUCCGGCUACGGCUGCGGGGCGGCCGCCAUGCCGCGGGACCCGCGCCCGGAUCGGCACAAACUGCGGCGCGGAGAAGGAGCGGGAGCCGCUGCCGGGAGGGGGAGGCGCCGCGGGCGGGGACGGGGCCGCCCCGCUGCUCCGGGGAACCGCCCCCCACCCCGCUGCUCCGCGGGACCGCCCCCCGCCCCGCUGCUCCGCGGGACCGCCCCCCGCCCCGCCCCGGGACCGCGCGGGACCGCCGAGCCCCCCGUGCUCCGGGCAGCGCCCCCCGCGCCGCCUGCGGGCACCGCCCCGCCGCAGGGACCGCGCUGUCCCGCGGAUCCCCCCUGCCCAGCGUGCGGGGACCCCUGCCUGCGGAGACCCCGCUGUCCCGGGGAGCCGCCCCCUGCCCCGCGGAUCCCCCUCCCGGCUGCGGGGACUCCUUUGUCCCGCGGAUCCCCCCCGGUCCCGCGGACCCCCUCUGCCCUGCGGGUCUCUCCCUGCCCAGCGUGCGGAGACCCUCCUACCCGGCGGAUCUUCCCCCACCUACGGAGACCACCCCCCACCCCACGUAUCCCCUCCAUCCCGCUUGCGGGGACUCCUCCGCCUCGCGGAUCCCCCCUUUCCCCGCGGAUCCCCCUUAACCCGCGGAUCCCCUACCCCGCGGAUUCCCCCCCUUACCCCGCCGAUACCCCAUUGCCCCGCAGAUCCCCCUUUGCCCCGCGGAUUCCCCCUUUUGCCCCACCGAUCCCCCCUUGCCCCACAGUCCUAA